AUGGCCGACAUCGAUGGCCAUCAUCGGCCGCCGGAAUGGCCGGGGAGUGGCUAUGCGGCGCCAAAUUCUUCGCCGGCCAAGUCCUCGGGUGCCUCCCUGAGGGGCUGCUGCUGCUGCUUCUUCCUCCUCCUCGCAUUCCUCGCCGUCGUGGUGGUGGCCGUCGUUCUGGCGGUGGCGCUGGCGGUGAAGCCGAAGAAGCCCCAGUUCGACCUGCAGCAGGUGGGAGUGAGCUACCUCCUCGUCACCGCCGGGGCUCCGGCGGCGUACCUGUCGCUGAACAUCACGCUACUAUUCACGGCGGAAAAUCCGAACAAGGUGACGAUCCGGUACGGGGCGGCCGCUUUCUCGGUGAUGUACCGCGGAGUGCCGCUGGGGGUGGCGGAGCUGCCGGCUUUCGAGCAGCCGGCGCACUCGAUCCGCCUGGUGCAGAGUAGAGUGGUGGUGGACCGCGUCGACGUCCUCCAGACCGACGCGGGGGAACUCGUCCGCGACGCCACACUCAACGAUCGCGUGGAGCUCCGCGUCGCCGGUGACAUAGGAGCCAAGAUCCGCUUCCUCGGCGUCACCUCCCCGCGCGUCCAGGUAGGUAGUCGAGCAUCUCUCCCCAUAGCUUCCUUCCUUCUUUCCUCAAUCACAGUCGAAGCAGGAAAAACCUCAGGAAAUGGUGCUCACCAGAAAUUCUCCGAUCGAGGAAGAAGAUUCGCCUCCUCGUCGCUUCCGCCUCUCGUUGUGUGAUCUCCGAUCACCGAUCGAAGUGGAACUAAAUCCUUGAAAAUUUCACAGUACAUUCCUAUCAGAAACACAAACUCAUAGCCGAUCUGAUCUGCUCCGAGCAGGUCUCGGUGGACUGCGCGAUCGUCAUCAGCCCGAAGCGGCAGUCGCUGACGUACAAGCAAUGCGGCGUGGACGGAUUGAACGUGUAG